GCCAGCAGGUGUGUCUGGAGAACUCAGCUGUCAUCGCCACGCCUGCUCAGCUCCAGGCCACCUUUGCUGACGGGUAUGACAACUGUGACGCCGGCUGGCUGUCUGACCAGAGCGUGAGGUACCCUAUCCAGUCACCCAGGCCAGGUUGCUAUGGUGACAGGGAGGACUCACCUGGAGUGCGCAACUACGGCAAUCGGGCCCCUGACGAGCUGUUUGAUGUCUACUGCUUUGCCAAGCAACUGCAAGGUGAGGUGUUCCACUCGUCUGUACCAGAGAAGCUGAGCCUGGCCACAGCCUCUACCCAUUGCCACUCUCUGGGAGCCCAGCUGGCCACGGCAGGGCAGCUCUACCAAGCCUGGCAGACUGGCCUGGACCAGUGUGACCCAGGAUGGCUGGCCGACGGCAGUGUGCGCUACCCCAUAAACCUUCCCCGGCGCAACUGUGGCGGGGAUGAUCCGGGUGUGCGCACUGUCUACCACAACCCCAACCGCACCGGUUUCCCAGACACCACCACCCGCUUCGACGCCUACUGCUACCGAGAACGUGAAGCAGGAGUCCAGGCAGCMCAACCAGUGGGGUUCCUCCAAUACAGAGACCCAGACACCAAUUCCUCAGACACAGAGCCCCAGCACUCUGCCCCCUACCCCCAGCCCCCCACCUGGACUGGCAUGGCGGACCUGGACAAGGAGGGCAUCAGCUCAAUCACUGGAGGCAACGAGUCCUCCGAGAUCUCUGAGGAGCAYGUGGUAAUCCACCUCCGGCCAGGGGAGAGUACCCAGGGUUGGGGAGAGGAGAACCAGGAGACCAAGGGGCGAUCUAAGACUGGAGCCCCUCAGAACCCAUCCUCCAGCCCCAAUACCAGCACCCUGGGUCUGUCUGUCCUGGAGAGUCUAGAGACCCACGGAGGUUCUGCCCAGGAAGAGGUGCAGGGCGAGGGGGAUGAGGAGUGGCGUUUCGGGUCGUCYGACUCCCCUCUGUCCUCCCAGGCCUCUCCAGUGCUCCAGACCCAGACAGCCAAUAACGUUCUCCACAGCUUUAUCAACAACCUGAUGAAGCCCUUCAGUUAUUGGACAGGCUCUGUGGAGGCCGACACAGAGGCACCUCUCCCAGCCACACCUGCCUCACUGCCCGAGGGGAGAGGAGUACAGGAUCAGACAACCCCGGGGUCGGCUGUGGUCACACCCACCGAAGGGAAGCAAAAGCUGGGCAGUAAAGGAAGCACGGACAACGCUAUCAUAGAGCAUCGGAUUCGAGGCUCCUUGCUCAAGACAUCCACCAAUGGGCUCACCAGCACAGAGGAGGGUCUGCCUGAUCAGGAUAGAGAGGUGGUCACUUUAGUCCCAUUGGGCCCUGUGAUCCAGUACACACUCACCCAGCCUGGGAGGAAGGGUCCAAGCAUGUCCCUAACCAACCCUCAAGGAUCAUCGUCUAAUGGAGUCACAGCAGUGGGACCCGAUGUGAGUAGCAAGGCCGUGGAGGCUGUGAAUGGAUCAGGAGGCCCCCUCCAGGGCUUUAAGGGUGGGUUGGCUUCAUCCCUAGGGACCCCGGAACCAUACCCAGGCAGCCAGCUGAGAUGGGCCCUGAAGGCCAUGAAGGGCUCCAUGCUGGAGGCCCCGGGACAGGGACACGUGGCCUACAUGGGGAAGGAUUCCACCUGGGAGCCCAUGGAGGCCAAAGCGGGGCCCCUAGAGGUCAUGACCCUUCCUACCAACCCAGAGAGCUACUCUGGUGAGGGGAGAGAUCAGGAUGAGGACCGCAGCAUCCCCCGAUCCAUCCUGGAGAGAGAGGACAAAGAGACAGAGGCAGAGGGAAGCGGGAGAGGAGGGAACAACUUUCCAGGUGGCUUUGGAUCGAACGGUGACACGAACCCAGGCAACGGUGCCAGCAGCAGCACAAAGCCUCUUCUGUCUGGAUUGAAACCUACCGAGACCCAGAGCCAGAACCAGACUCUGACAGAACACACCACUUUGUUUCAGUGGCAGCUAGUGGACCAGCCCACCACCUCAUCUACUGCUGCCUCUGCUGCUGGCUCCAGCCGGGGCCCGGGGGGAACUGCUGAGGAGGCCAGGGGAGAGAUUGUCUAUGUCCGACGCCCUACUGAGAAUCUCCUUCCAAMCUUCCUUCCAACCACCUCCAGUAAGAAAGAUGGCUUCCCCCCUGUGAUCAGAAAGCAGAGCCUGAAUACAGCCAGGGUGACUGAGAGACAACGAAGCCCAAAUGAGGUCACCACACCUGGGUUCACCUCCAGACCUGCAGCUUCUAUGGAGCCCCUGACAACCAUUAAAACUUCCACAGCAAACAACCAGAGAAAAGACUCCAGUGAUUCUACCUCUACCAAGGAGCCACCCAUCUCCAUUGCACAGAUUCCAGUAGAUAGAGAGGAGACAGCUAGUACCACAUCUCUGACCAGAGAUGGACCACAAACAACUGCAGCUUCGACUCAGCUGACCACGGCGUUGUCCUUUCUGAAGGGCAGCGAUCAUGAGGAAGAGUCCAGGUUAGCUGUUUCAGAAUCAUUUGUGGUGGGAAAAGGAUGGAAGCCAUUGGGAGGGAUGAAUCCCACGUCUAAGGAGGACAAAACCCCUGUGACCACAGAGAAGUCAGAGAAGAGAGAGAAGACCACCUUUGGUGUCGUUGUGCCCAGCUGGGGCUUUGGCCUCAACCCUUCAGCUGAGGACAACCCGUGUCAGACCAGCCCCUGUCUGCAUGGAGGCAGCUGUCUGCAGGAGGGCGACGGCUACAGCUGCUACUGCCCCCAGGGCUACUCCGGAGAGAGCUGUGAGAUCGGCUGCCAGGCAGCUCAUCUCUCCACUGGGUUGUGUGAUAAGAGACUGAGCCAGUCAGCACUGAGCUAG